ACGCAGCCGGAGAGCAGCAGCUUUGAGCGACUGUAGCGCGUUUUUCUCUCUUCUUUCUCCUCUGCACGAUUUAACACAUGAACCAUCGUGUUUUUUAUACCUAAUGUAAACAUUUACACGCAUUUUACUGCGCCUUCUUUCGAUUUAACGUGACGUGCAAACGUGUGUUUAGACUCACUGUCAGUUUUGCUUAAUUGGUGCGUUUUAUUACUGACUUGAAUCUUUUUUUAAUUGACUUAAACUCCGACAUAAUUCCCGUGUAGACGGAAAUGGACAGGAAGAAUCUCCCCGUGGACAGAAACGUGUUGUGUUUAUUUGACGUGGACGGAACACUCACUCCACCGAGAGAGAAGAUCGACCCUCAGCUGGAUGCAUUUUUUCAGUCUCUGAGAGCUAAAGUGAAGAUCGGCGUAGUGGGCGGAUCUGACUACUCCAAAAUCGCAGAGCAGCUUGGAGAAGGAGACGACGUUAUACACAAGUUUGACUACGUAUUUGCUGAAAACGGCACGGUGCAAUACAAAGAUGGCCGACUGCUAUCCAAACAGGCGAUUCAGAACCAGCUCGGUGAAGAGCUGCUGCAAGAACUGAUUAACUUCUGUCUCAGAUACAUGGGUCUGAUCAAACUCCCUAAGAAACGAGGCACCUUCAUCGAGUUCCGUAACGGCAUGCUGAACAUCUCGCCAAUCGGACGCAGCUGCUCGCUGGAGGAGCGAAUCGAAUUCGCUGAAAUCGAUAAGAAAGAGAAGAUCAGGGAGAAGUUUGUGGCUGCACUGCAGAAGGAGUUUGCAGGCAAAGGGCUCAGGUUCACUCGAGGUGGACUGAUCAGUUUCGACAUAUUCCCUGAAGGCUGGGAUAAGCGUCUGUGUCUAGAUGUACUGGAGCAAGAGGGACUCAAUGCUAUCUACUUCUUUGGGAAUGAAACUUCACUGGGAGGGAACGAUUAUGAGAUCUUUGAGGAUCCUCGCACCAUCGGGUUCACCGUGUACUCACCAAAGGAUACAGAGAGACUCUGCCAAGAACUGUUCUUUAACACACCACCCAAUGAAGCCUGAUACACACACACACACACACACACACACACACACACACACACACCCUCCCUCUGACUGGGUGUCACAUCCCUCUGCUGUUCAGACUGGGUACUGCACUGAGUGCAGGGCUGUGUGCUGUUCAACUGGACCACAGACUGAAUUUAGGUGAAAGCACCUACAGAUACUACUGAUAACUCAUCACAGCGUAGCUAAAAGGACUGUUUAAAAACCAUGUGACGUGCCAGAUGACACAGUGUGCCAUAACCUUCAUCAUCAUCUUCAUCAUCCUCACUCUUCAGACUGGUCAAACCUCACUGCAGUCUACAUUCUUCACAGAUGUCUAGCACUCUUUUGGCAUUGCUUGUGCUGUGACCUUUUUUUGCUGCUCGUAUUUUUUUACCGUACCUUAACACUCAGACAGCACGUUCGCCUUUACCCUAAAAUACAGCCCAUCGUCGCCUCCUACUGGGCGAAUAAAGAAAGUGCAGUUAGUGUAUUACAUCUCUGAGAAAAAGGGUGUUGUCUCUUGGAUGGUCUUCUAAUGUUGUGCAGCUUUGUAUCAUGGAUGCAGCGUGUCUUUAAACACGAUUUAAAAAUCUGAGUUUUACGUGUUGGAUGUUUAGGACUGAGAACGUACAUAUAGAUGUGAUGUCAGUGUGACAUCACAUCUAUAACAUCUAUGACAGCAUUGUAUUUGUUUCUUAAAAUACUGGAUACUCGCCUGAUCACGACUCCUUACAGUCAAAGGCUGAUGUGGAGCUCUACAUAAAUAAGCACUUUAUUAGUUUCACAACGUUAUCGUACUGUAAAAACAUCUGGAACAUCAUACAACGUUAUCGUACUGUAAGAACAUCUGGAAC